AAUGAUUCGUCUAGCGAUAUAUUUAUAGAUUUAAAGGUUAUAAAAAAUCAAAUUCAAGCGACGGAUCUGUUUCUUCGGUAGAUCCUUCCGUUCAGUUUUUUUUAAAGCCAUAAUGAAGUGAAAUCGUAAUUUAACAAAUUAUUUGGAAGUUAAAUCUAUAACGUACCACAAUGUUCACUCUAAGAAUUAUAUUUCUAAUAGUUUUACAAUUAACCACCAUUGAAAUGUAUAGCCAUAAUAAACCUCUGGCACAGAAGAUUUGGAGCGAUCGGUGUGUUAAAAACUCAGUAGUGUUAAAUGAUUGCAACUGGUGCCGUUGCAACGCGAAACAGAAAUAUGAAUGCAAGGCUAGAGUUUGUGAAGAAAUCGACAUGUUCGGACAUUUCAAAGAUGCUAUUCAUGAAAUAGAUGUAGGCAUGGAAGGACACGGUUCAUGGCGAACCAAACCUCUGGCAUGCACUCCGGGUGUACAUUAUCUACGAAGAGGUAUAUUAUGCGUCUGCGACGAAUAUGGUAACUGGCCAAAUCCAGUCUGUAGAGACCUGUUGCAAGUUCUCCACUCUGUUGAACUCAUAGAACAAAUACGCCUGUCCCAAAAUGAGUCAUGCACUCCUACUAAAUUAUACCUCGUCGGUUGCAACGUCUGCUUUUGUCCUUCAUUGGGAUAUUUGAACCCAACAAUGUGUACCAAAAAAGAAUGUCAGGAAGACGAUCCUAUUCUAGAAACAAAUCGAACAGCUGUACUAACCGUGUCUCAAAAAAAUGAUAACGACACAGAAGAAGUUCUAGAAGUUUAUGCAACGUGCGAUCCAAAAUAUAAAUAUAUCCUUGGCUGCAGAAAUUGUGAAUGUCUCAGUAAUAACAGACUGAUUUGCGGCAAUUGUUCCAAUGCAGAAGUUAGAAAUUCCAAUUCUUUAAGUGAGCGUACUAAACCAAAAAGAAUAAAUAAGCCUGGUAAACUUAAUAAACCUGUAAAACUUCAAUCGAAUAGUAUAUGCCAUGGAAAAAAGCCGCUCAGAGUUUUCAAAAUUGGAUGCAACUUUUGUCACUGCGGCAAGAAAUUGAAAAUGUUCUGCACCAUCAGAAAAUGCAUCAAUAGAACUGAAAAACUUCAAUCAAUGUUUGAAGUUAACAAGGAACCGACUGAACAUAAUUUAAAACAAGUUGUAGAACCGCCAGACGAUGUAAGCUGUGUCCCAGGAACGGCAUUCAAACGGGAUUGCAAUAUUUGUGAGUGCAGCAAACUUGUUAAUGGUAUAAAGCAUAUUACAUGCACCCGUAUAAUGUGCAAUAGCUAUAAACCCUUAAAGAAUUGGGACCACUCCAAAGUGAUUGACGGACAGAAAAAGAACUGUGUGCCGGGAACCUUUUACCAAGAAAAUUGUAUGGUGUGUCACUGCUAUAUCAAAGAUAAGAUUAAACGUGAAGUUUGUCGCUUAAACGAGAAAUGUGUUGACGACUCACCUCAGAGGUUAACCGGAAAAAUGACAUUGGAAGGUAUAAUUUUGCAAGAUGUUAAUUCAUUAUACGGUUUCUGCGAACCUAUGCGCAAAUAUCGAAAUGACUGCAACAUUUGCCGAUGUUUGGCUGAUGGGAAAACCGUGGAGUGUGACUCUAGGAUUUGUGCCGCAUUAAGAUCUGCCGAUGUUUCGGUUGAUAUAGUACCGGUAGUCGUUGAAAAUGGUGAGGAAUGUCGCAAAGGGCAAUCUUAUAAGUUGGAUUGUAAUUUGUGUUUCUGUUUAUCAAACGGCAACUCCAUCUGCACAACAAACAAUUGCUCUAAUGAAAUUAAAAUAACACAGUAAA